AUGAAUGAGAAAAAUUCUACCAACGAGAACAACUGGGACAAAAUUAUACCAAUUCCAACAUAUUUGAAAAAAGCGAAAUAUGGACUUAUCGGUUAUAUGCCAAUGUUCUUCUUUAUUAGUCCCUAUCACCUUGUUGGUGUUGGCCUCUUUGCCUCACUCUUACUCCCGACGAUCGCUAUCGGAAUUCUAUCAGUCAUAUUUGUCAUCUAUCCUCUAGCGAAACAAAUACUUCGUUACUUUAAUUGGUUACCUAUGCCUCAUUCAACAGAAAUCCUGCGCACAACAUACUCUGCACGUUGUGAUGGAGAUUUCGUAGUUUUUCUGAUCGGCAGUCGACCCAAUGGGCCCAACCCUUUAGAAAAAUCUUUCAUCGAGUUGAGAAAAGCAUUUCAAAGUAUGAUAAAAGAUUUAGAAUCAGAUUCAACAUCAGGCUAUAUGGGAGGUGACCUUUAUGUUGGAGCAAACGAACGUAAGAGCAGUGUUUUGUACGUGCAAUAUUGGCGUAAUUAUGAGUCACUUCAAGGAUGGACCCAUAAAAAAAUGGGUGUUCAUUUCAAAUCAGUGGCGCAAUACAUGAGCAAAGAUCGAUCUGCGGGACUAUAUGGAAUAUGGCAUGAAACCUACAAAGUGAGAGAUGGAGAAUACGAAUCCAUCUACGAGAAUAUGCCACCAAUCGGUCUUGCUCUAGCGACUUCGGCUGUACCUGAAACAAAGAAGAACAAUGGACAAAAUAGAAUGCAACGUCGAAACAAAGAGAAACAAGCAGAAGUCACUAAGAGUACUUCUGGUACAGAGUAG